AUGGAGCUUGUUCUUGUAAGGAUUAUUGGUAGCACAAAAGUUGACCUUGGAUUAAUUGUUGUAACAUGUAAAAGGAAAACUUGUAGAGAAAUACCCAUGUACUAUGAGCUGCUAGCUUUGAUACCUAAUUUGGCUGUCAAGACAAAUUGCAAAUUCCAAGGAAUUUUUUCUAUUUGCAUGGACAUGAUUUCAGAUUUUAAACGUAAAUCAUAUGGUCGUCAUAUAGGACACAUAGAGAGGGAAAACCAAACUCAUUCUUGGAAGUUCUUUGGUCAGAUACUGUUGGCGAUCUGCAGUGUAUCAGCUCUACAGUUCAAGCCUUUGUCAAAUCCCGAAGGAAAUGGAAACGAACAUCAAUAUGCUUACAACGACCAUGCAUUAUUGGAUUCUUCGAAAGUUUAA